GAACGUGGUUUCAAGCCACGGCCCACUCUUGUGCUAGAUUCGCCUAGCCUGGUAGCAAGUACCGCCGUGAGCUCAGUGCUAUCCCUCCGGCGCCGAGAGCGUUUCGAGCCGCCAAUCAGGCCUCAAUUACCGCGCUGGCAACAGAAGACUGAGCGUAAUACAGGAAGUCAGCGGAUACUGAGGGAAACCAGCUGGAGAUAGGUCCGUGGCACAACUCGCCUGUGCUCGUGAGCGUCUAGCGGCGUACUGAGGGCCACAAGUCUACCGGAGCUGUAGCGUCGACAUGGCUGCCGCCAUUUUUCUUUGCUGUCUUCUUAUCCACCAUUCAUGCGUUCUCACGGCGGCGACAGAGCGGACCCUGCUUGACGCCCUGCUGGUGAACUACACGUCCGACGCCCGGCCCGUGAAGGACCCGAUGCAGAAUGUCACCGUUAGGUUCGAGCUGGUGUUAGCACAGAUCAUUGAAGUGAUUGCCAGAGACCAGAUGCUGACUGUCAAUGUGUGGUUCCGCCAUUAUUGGGACGAUGAGUUCUUAGUAUGGAAUCCCGAAGACUAUGACGGAAUAACCUCUAUCAGAAUCCCGAGUGAGAAGAUAUGGCGGCCAGACAUCGUGCUCUAUGAAAGAAUCCACGAAGAGGGUUGGUCAGAAACCCCCAACACACACGCUCACGUGAACCAUAACGGCUCGGUGCAGUGGCUGUACCCCAUCACCCUCAAAAGCUCGUGCCUGAUGGACGUGUCCCUGUUCCCGUACGACGUCCAGUCCUGUCCGCUCAAGUUCAGCUCCUGGGCGUACGACGGCCUCGCCGUGGACAUCGUCAACACCUCCGCCACGGGAGACAGCGAGAACUUCAUCCAGAACGAGGAAUGGGAUCUCGUAAGCUUCGCCGCCGCGAAAAACAUUCAGUACUAUAACUGCUGUACCCAGCCGUAUCCAGACGUCACCUUCACUAUAGAAAUCGCGCGGAAGGCGCUGUAUUAUAACUAUUACGUUCUCGCACCGUGUAUUAUCAUAGUCAUCAUCAGUCUGUUGGGGUUCUGUCUACCGCCGGAUUCGGGAGAGAAACUGUCCCUCAGUAUCACCAUGUUGCUGUCACUAGUGGUGUUCAUGCAGCUUGUAGCGGAUAGCCUACCGGCAACGUCGACAACCAUUCCACUCAUAGGUCAGUUUUUUGGAGCGACUAUCGUGAUCGUCGCCCUGUCCUCCGUCCUGACCAUCUUCAUCCUUAGUAUCCACUUCCGGGGUCCCAACAUCCGCCCGGUACCCAAAUGGCUCAAGCGCAUCUUCUUCAUCAAGGCCUGUAAGUGUAAACAACUCUCGCGAGAAUCUCGCGAGAACCACCACGCGGACCCCGAAAUAUCGCGAGAGCAACGAGAACUGCCGGAGCUGAACCGCAUCAGACGAGACAGUUCUUCCCUUGAGAAAACAGACCUGCUGCAAGACAGAAGCAUCCGCUAUAUGGAGCUUCACAAGAGAAUCGACAUCAUCAACGAACAUCUAGAGGAAAUGCUGCGAACCAGAAGAUCCAAGGCAUCAACAGAGGCGAUUGAAGAAGAGUGGAAAAGUUUAGCUGUGAAAAUGGACAGAUGUUUACUUGUGUUGUUCUUUGUGCUGUCAUUUAUCACUCUUAUUGUUAUCAUGUCUUCCAUAUAUUAGCUGUGUGAGGUUUAGAGACCGUCUUACUAUCAAUCAACCAUCACAUCACAAAUGUUUUUAUUUUUUUGUUUAGAGAAAACUUUCGAUCCAACAUAAAAAUUCUCUCACCUAGAGCUUUCGACCAGUCACUCUGGUC